AUGGCUGCUGUUCCCGGUCCCGUCUAUGGCCUCGAGGUCCCGCCUGGAGAGGUGCUGAUCUCGGCCAACUUGGAGUUUCCUGCUUCUUUCCGCAUCACCAUGGCCGCUUUAGAUCCUACUCAGGAGCCUAAGCUCGAUGAUUCCAAGAACGCUCCCUCUGUCCCUCGUUCUACUCUGCGCCUGAUCAAGCGCGCUUUCCCCGGCCUCGACGAGGAUGAGGAUGAUGAGCUUCACGAGCAGUACAUGAGCGCCCUUCUCGGCAACUCUGACGACGAGGACGAGGAGGCCAAUGGUGGCCCCAGCGACCCUGCCAAGGCUAAGAAGCAGAAGCAGGUUGCUGCCAUCAAGAAGCUUCUCGAGGCCACCAACGGUGAGGACUCCGAGGACGAGGAGAUGGAGGAUGCCGAGAUCAACGGCGCCAAGUCCAAGAAGGGCAAGAAGAGCAACGCCAUCGCCAAGGGCAAGGGCAAGGCCAUUGAGGAGGAAGAGGAAGAUGACGAGGAAGAAGACGAGGACGACGACGACAGCGAGGGAGGUGACCUCGAGAACUUCGUUCUCUGCACCCUCGACACUGAGCGAAACUACCAGCAGCCUCUUGAUAUUACCGUCAACCAAGGCGAGAAGGUCUUCUUCGUCGUCUCCGGAACACACACCGUUUACUUGACCGGUAACUACAUUAUGGACGACGAGGAUGAGGAGGACCAGGAUGGCGAGGAUGACUAUGACCUGUCCCCCGAUGAGCUGGAAUAUGCCAUGGGUGAGGAGGACAGCGAGGAGGAGAGCGACGAUCUUGACGAUCUCGAGGAUCCUCGCAUCACCGAGCUCGACUCCGAUGAGGAGGAGGUCCCCAAGCUGGUCCCCACAGACAACAAGAAGGGCAAGAACAAGCGCUCCGCUGCUGAGGCCGAGGGUCUUGACGAGCUCAUCGCCAAGGCUACCGAUUCCAAGCUCUCCAAGAAGCAGCAGAAGAAGCUCAAGAACAACAAGGGCGAGGCUGUGGCCGCCGAGGAGAAGGAGGAGAAGAAGGAUGCAAAGAAGGUCCAAUUCGCCAAGAACCUGGAGCAGGGCCCUACCGGCUCCACCGCUGAGAAGGCCAAGCAGGCCGGCAAGGCUUCUCUUGGUGUCAAGUCUGUCCAGGGCGUCACCGUUGACGACCGCACCAUUGGCAAGGGCCGCACUGUCAAGAAUGGCGACACUGUUGGCGUCCGAUACAUUGGCAAGCUCCAGAAUGGACAGCAGUUCGAUGCCAACAAGAAGGGCAAGCCUUUUUCUUUCAAGAUCGGCAAGGGCCAGGUCAUCAAGGGCUGGGACGUCGGCAUUGUCGGCAUGGCCAUCGGUGGUGAACGCCGACUGACGAUUCCUGCUCACCUCGCCUACGGCUCCAAGAGCCUGCCCGGCAUUCCCGCCAACAGCCAGCUGACCUUCGACGUCAAGCUGCUCGAGAUCAAAUAA